UAACAUUUAGGAAAUGGACAACAGUUAGCCCAGGCCUAAAUAUGGCUAAUUCUUGUCAUAGUCAUUUUUAUUCUCUAGAGCCUCGCUUAAAUCCCACUGUUUUCACGAGCUUCCUCAGCCAUCGUUACCCACACUGCUUUCUCUGUUUUGCUAACUUCUGUAAGUCUUAGAGGAGCAAGUGUAGGGUAGUGGUUGAGACUGGGGUUAUUGUCACACUGCCUAUGCUGUGGACUUACUUGCUGUGUUAAUCUGAGCAAGCCGUUGACCCUUGACAAGCCAUGGUUUCUUCCUCUGUAAAAUGGAGACGGUAAAGAUGUGUGCUGUUGGGGUUAUCGCGAAGGUGGUAAAGAUGUUGGCACGCUGCCCUGCGUAUACUCCAUGUCAACGCCAGCUAUUAUUGUUAGGCUUUGCUGCUAUCCUGUUGCCGCCUUGACUCACACGUGUCCUGUCUCUUCCUAGAGAGACCUCAAGUUAGUAGAUGCUCCAGUACGUUUUUACUUGAAGGGUGGAUUAGGAUGCGGGGAAGACUAAUAGGAAGAGGCUGACUUGGAGCUUCCACUUUGUGUUCCAUAAGAGAAGUGGUAGGAUUAGAAUCGACGAUGGUGGCGACCUCCAAGUGAGGGCUGUGUACUCAGUAAGCAGAGUGGGAGAGGUAGUAGAAAGGAUGAGGGACAAAAAGAGACAUCAUGCCGUGGGAGUUGAAAGAUUUGUAGGUAGUUGAAAGAAUAGGUUUGUUUAUACCACAAAGUAGCAGGAAUUAAAGGCCACAAUACCAGAGUGAAUUGUGAGGGUGUUAGUAGGGGUUGUUAGUUGUAUUUCAUAGCAUCUGCUGAUAAAGUCAUGGUGGUAGGACAGAUUUGGAGGUCAUGUGCUUCUAAGUGACCUUCUAAAUUCAUGGCCUGUGAUUCAUAUGACAACUUUAAGCUCAGAGAUCCGCCCGUGAAAGGGAGUUUUAGUUUCACCUCCUCUACUUUUUCUUGUUCACUGGAGAGGAUAUUUAAUCAAAACUGGAAGGGAUGACAACCCAGUCGGCCGUUCGUUAAAAUGGCGCUUCCCAGAAUAAUUGAUUCUUCUCAAGACUCUUCAGAAAUGUUAUGCUUAUGCAAGUUACAGACAUACAGGCAUAUGGAAAAUAUGGAAUGGUAACCAUGAGAUAGGGGAUUUUUAGGGUCUAAAUCUCCUAGAAGAAAAAAAUAGGAUUUCUUUGCAAGUAGUUUUCAUGUCUUGCUGUAAAAUAGUGGAAGGUUUGUUUUUACUUCUUGGUCAUUUUUGACACACCAGGAAAGAAUAGGAUUGCUACAAGGGGGAGGACAUCAUGAAAACCAAGAGACGCGGAGGUAACAGUCCAUCCUGUUAUGAAACCAUUUGAGGAGGAGCAUAAAUGAGUAAUUGACUCCUUUUAGUUGGUUGAAAUUUAAGAGUUUGAUUACACAAAAAGGAUUAAGUUGGGCAAAAAGCUGUUCUUUUAAUUAGUCAGGAGCAAUUUAGAUAUUAGGAAGCAUUAAAAAAAGACGUUUGUUUAAGAAUUUGGAAAUAUAGGGGCACCUGGGUGGCUCAGUCGGUUGAGCUUCCGACUUUGGCUGAGGUCAUGAUCUCGCGGUCCGUGAGUUUGAGCCCCGCGUCGGGCUCUGUGCUGGUGGCUCAGAGCGUGGAGCCUGCUUCGGAUUCUGUGUCCCCCUGUCUCUCUGCCCCACCCCUGCUUGUGCUCUGUCUCUGUCGUGUCUUUCAAAAAUGAAUAAACAUAAAAAUUUUAAAAAGAAUUUGGAACUACACUAUAUUUUUGUAUGGAUCACUCACUUUUGUUAAUUUCUUAAUAAACUAUACAAUAAUAUUAGUAUAGUAAAUAGAACUAUUCUCUAAACUAACAGUAUAUAUGCCCUUCUUUCCAUUCUUCUACUGUACUGUAUUCUCUCUCAUAUCUAGGACUUUGGCAGUGCUGUGACAUUUACUGAGAAGACCCUUACCCGCUCUCCCCUAUCUCAUUUGUAUCCUUUUUUUUUCACUGCCAAAGCACUUAGUACAUGCUGGUAGGAAUUAACGUUUGUCUUGUUUACCACUGUUUUCCUACACAUACUCGGUAUCAGUUUCUUAAAUAAAAUAAUAAUGUUAUCUGUUACUAUAUCUGCCUCAUAUAUAAAAUGUUUGGAGUGUUAGUAAAAUCCAGUUUCCUUCCUUUUUUCUUUUUAGAGAGAGACAGCAUGAGUGGGGUAGGGGAGAGGCAGAGAGAGAGAGAGAGAGAGAGAGAGAGAGAGAAUGAGAAUCCUAAGCAGGCUCCAUGCUCAUCGUGGACCCCAACAUGGGGCGCGAUCCCAUGACCUUGGGAUCAUGAUCUGAGCUGAAUUCAGGAGUUGAAUGCUUAACCAGCUGAGCCAUCCAGAUGCCCCAAAAUUCACUUUUCUGAUGAUUAGGAUAAGAGUAUGGAGUAAUUUAAUUAAAACAUGACUCUUGGGUUAUUUUUGUGGUAGUAAUUUAAGGAGAAAUAAAAGGAAAGACACAAAUAGACAAGUUCUGGGGAAGAUAGGGGUUCAGAUCAUUGCAGUAUUACUGAGUAUGUAUGUUUAGUAUUCUGGUAUGCACUACAUAGACCACCACAGAGGUAUGAAACUAGCUGGUCGAAGAAAGCAACAGUCAAACCGAGGAGAGAGCAUGAACACUAGGCAGAGGACUGAGAUCAGCCCAAAAGGAGCUGUUGACUUAGAAUUUUGUUGGCUCUGAAUUUGGAGAGGUUGAAGCAACUGGAAUUCACAUUUUUCCCCCCUCUCGAUUCUAGUCAGUGAGCAUCACUGUGUGUCAGGGCAAAUAAUAGGUUCAGUGGUAGGAACUGUGAAAGGAAAGCGAUGUGUCCAGGGAGGAUGUUGUGGUUCAGAUCAGAGCAGUGUUGUAAGGAAAACAAUCCAAGGUGAGAGGAUGCUUUCGGAUUUCUGCAUCUACUGCUAUCUUGACAUUGGUGUCUGCGUUAACCCCUGUGUUGUCUUCCUCCAUAUGUCUAGGAUACGAUGCCCGGCCUUGGAUGGGAGAAAAUGGUCGACUCCGGAGAGAUGGGAGAAAAACUGUCCCUUCGGAAACAGCGCUUCAUGCAGUUUUCUUCCCUGGAACAUGAGGGCGAAUAUUACAUGACACCACGAGACUUCCUCUUUUCAGUAAUGUUUGAGCAAAUGGAACGUAAAACUUCAGUGAAGAAGCUGACCAAAAAGGAUAUCGAGGAUAUACUGGCAGGAACCCAACCAGCUUGUCGUGGAUCAACCUUUUUUAGAGACCUUGGCGAUAAAGGACUGAUAUCCUAUACCGAGUAUCUUUUCUUGCUUACCAUCCUCACUAAACCCCAUACUGGGUUUCAUGUUGCUUUUAAAAUGCUGGAUGCAGAUGGUAAUGAGAUGGUUGAGAAAAAGGAAUUUUUUAAGCUGCAGAAGAUCAUAAGUAAACAAGAUGAUUUGAAGACAGCAGCUAACGAAACGGACUGCCAGGAACCAACAGUGAAAGAACCUGAAAUUACCACAACCCUUCAGAUACAUUUCUUUGGAAAAAGAGGAGAAAGAAAACUUCAUUAUAGAGAAUUUCGAAGAUUUAUGGAGAAUUUACAAACAGAGGUCCAAGAAAUGGAAUUCCUUCAGUUUUCUAAAGGCUUGAGUUUCAUGAGAAAAGAAGACUUUGCAGAAUGGCUACUUUUUUUCACUAACACUGAAAAUAAAGACAUCUAUUGGAAAAAUGUAAGAGAGAAGUUGUCAGCAGGAGAGAGUAUUAGUUUGGAUGAGUUCAAGUCCUUUUGUCAUUUUGCCACCCACCUAGAAGAUUUUGCUAUUGCCAUGCAAAUGUUUAGUUUAGCUCACCGUCCUGUCAGACUGGCGGAGUUUAAGAGGGCCGUGAAAGUAGCAACAGGGCAGGAACUCUCAAACAAUAUUUUGGACACCGUGUUCAAGAUCUUUGAUGUGGAUGGUGAUGAAUGUCUUAGUCAUGGAGAGUUUCUCGGGGUGUUAAAAAACAGGAUGCAUCGAGGUUUAUGGGUCCCACAGCAACAAAGUAUACAAGAAUACUGGAAAUGUGUGAAAAGAGAAAGCAUUAAAGGAGUAAAAGAAGUCUGGAAACAAGCUGGAAGAGGUCUGUUUUAGAAAAAUAAUAUGGGAAUUACAUUGCUCUGAAUGUCAGAAUUUGGAAUUUUUUUUUAAGUACUAGAUGUUUGUCUUCUGGAGGCUUCAUUGAUUUUCUUUGUCAUAUAAAGAUGCCUUGUAUUUACUUCCUGAUUCAGUAAUUUCUUGAUAAAAUUUCAUUAAAGAACUUAGUAAAUACAGGUACUGGAUUCUGUCAGAGGGCCUAGAAUUGAAGUCAUGCUUUGUACUUUGAUAAGAUUGAAAACCUCAUUAUUCACUGAUUUCUUAGACACAGUAGUAAAACAUCUCUUUGGAAGGGUGUCAGUGAGUAAUUACAGAAAAAAGUAGACACACAAGGCUAAGAUCAAGGCCAGGAGUCCUGGUGUUCCCAGUAGCACAAAUUCAGUUAAGAACAUUUCAGAUUUUCUUGUCUGCAUCUCAUAUCUCAUAAGCUUCUUGUACAUUUUAUUUCAGUUAGCUGUAUAUUAAUUGUCCUAAAAAUAAUGUGUAAAUUUCAAUAUCGUAUGUGGAAACCAAAUAAAGUAUUUACACAGAUACAAAAAUUAUAUUUUUAAUGUGUUUUUUAAAACUUUUUUAUAAAUAUAAAUACUCUCAUCCUUGCCAACCACAUUAGUUCAGGUUCUCAGAAACUAGCGUAAUUGGGGGAUCCCCUGGCUGGCUCAGUCAGUGGAGCAAGCAAGACUCUUGAUCCUGGGUCUGUGGGUUCAAGCCCCACACUGGAUGUAGAUGUUAUUUAAAAAUAAAAUUAAAAAAAAAAAAAAACUAUAGUGUUUUGGGGAGAAUCUUGAACACAAGAUCGGGG